CAUUUCAGAUAGCAUCGAUAUCGAUAAGCUUAUGAAUUAAUCGGCAAGGUGCCUGCGUGGAAAAUAAAUAAACUUUUAUUUUUAACUAUUUGUUUAUUUAAAAACGAAUUAAAAUAAUGGCUGCGUCACAGCCAGUGCGCAUGAAUUGGCAUCCAAAUAUGAAACACAAUGAAAUAGAAAGGUGGAUUUGCAUUUACCCUGCGUACAUAAACAGCAAGAAGACACGCCAGGAAGGCCGUCGACUGCCCAAAGAGAAUUGUGUUGAAAAUCCAACGUAUGUGGAAAUCCGCGAUGUACUCUCGGUGUCCAACUUACAAUUUGUUGUGGAGAACAAGCAAUAUUGUCGCGAAAAGAGCAGGGAGCUCCAGUUUCGAGGCCGAGUGCGCGUGCAACUACGGCAUGCGGACGGUACUUUGUGCAACAAUGAAUUCUCCACCCGUGAGUCUAUCAUGAAGCAUGUAGCCGGUAAAAUACCGCAAUUAAAAACGCGACAGAACAAAACAAACGACCCUCAGCCGCAAACACAAUCGAGUGGGGCUGGAGCUGGUGGUGGAGGCGGUGGCAAGAAGGGCAAGGGCAAACGUCGAUGAAGCGCUGUCGUCAAACAUUUCUUUGUGAGAAUUGUGAAAUUUGUUUAGUUGGUUUUUUGUAAUAAAUUCUAAAUAUAUUGUGGAAUAGC